AUGGAAGCUUUUACCUUACUCAAAUACUGGCGAGGUGCUGGUCUCCUUGGACUUUCACCUUCCUCUGAAACCACCACCACCACCACCAUCCUCUCCGCCGUAUCUCAUAACGAUAACAACGCAACCAGUGAAAGCGAAGAUGACGACAACAACGAUGACGAAGGUCCUUUUUUCGACUUAGAGUUUACUGCACCAGACGAAGAAGAUCAUCUUUCUCAACAAACAAACCCUAACAACGAACCACAUGAAGAAGAAUCCGAUGAUGGUGGUGGUGAGUUUAAGAUAACACUUUCCCCUUCAAGUAACGAACGAAAUGAUGCAAAUCUUUCUCUGUCUCCUUCGGAGGAUAUACAGAUAGUUGAGUUGAAACCUUCUUCUUUUCUUCUCAACAACCCUUCCGAACCUAACUCCAAACCUCAGUUCACUGCUUCAUUGCUUAAAUCUGCAACAAAGUUUCGCGUCUUCAUGUCUGGACUUAAGAAACCCAAAAACGAUUCUGUCACAACACAGAAGAAGCAAAAACCAAAUAGAAUCAAAUUCAAAAUUGAAGAAGUUCCUAUUGUUUCACUUUUCACUAGAGACAACAGUUCCAAAGGAAACAUCAACAACAACAACAACAAAUCUCAAAUGAACCAGAACCAGAAUCAGAAAGUGGAAUAUGAAGCAUUAUCACCUUUGGAAGAGAAACGUUUCUCCAAGGAAGUUGUUAUGCAUAAGUAUUUGAAAAUGGUGAAGCCUCUUUACAUUAGAGUUUCUCGUAGGUAUAGUCAUGGUGAAAAAGAAGGAAAGUUUGGUUCUGCUUCUACUGACAACAAGGUUGAAGGUGAAGUACCAACGGAAGCGGAAACCGUUGCUGAAAGUGAAGAAAACAAUGCAAAGAGUACUCAGAAUCAGAGCCUGAAACAGGGGAAUAUUCCGGCAGGGCUUAGAGUUGUAUACAAACAUUUAGGAAAAAGCCGUUCAGCGUCGUCGGCGGUGGCAGCUUCACCGCCGGCGUUAGUGUCGUCUAAACGCCGUGAUGAUUCACUGUUACAGCAACAAGAUGGGAUUCAAGGAGCCAUUUUACACUGCAAAAGAUCCUUCAAUGCCUCCAGAGAGUGUGAAUCAUCUUCUCAACUAUCACAAGAAUUGUCAAGGAAAUCUAGUGACAAAUGUGUAUCAGGUUGA